GCAGGUUCGAGCUCCAUAGCCGAGACCAAGCGCUCAGCUAGGCCAACACAGGCCGAGGCUGCUGAGGGAGAUCCUCACUGUGGGAGGGGAGGUUAUUUUGGGAUUCUUUGUUUCGUGGCUGUUUGUAAGGAGUCGAAUCUCAAGGACGAAGCUGGGGAUAAGGUAGCCAGGGAAUUCCCUCAGCGGGAGGGGAGAGACAGCAUGGCGCUCAGCAACCUGCCCUUCCUCGACACCCUGAGGAACUCCCCUGCCAUCCUCCGCCAGAGGCUGCAGCGGGGCCGCGCACGGAGCCUGUCGCACGGGGACCCGGCCUUCACGGUGCACUACGCCGGCACGGAGCAGAUCUACUCGCUGGGGCUGGAGCAGGCGUCCGAGGUCGUGCAGAGGCUGGUCGGGCCCGGACCGGGGCCUGCAGGGGCAGGCCGGGCCUGCAAGGACCACGUGCUGGUGGUCCGGCCCCGCUACCUGGAGGUGAAGGAGAUAGCCAGCGGGCGGCAGCUCACCAAGACCUACCUGCACGACGUCGCCUACUGCGGGCCGGACCGGGAGCAGCCCAGCGUCUUCCUCUACAUCUGCAAGCACAGGAAGCAGCUGCAGUGCCGGGUGUUCCGCUGCAACCGCGAGGAGAAGGUGCGGGCCAUCACCGUCUGCCUGGCGCAGGUCUUCGAGGCCGCCUUCCGCCAAUGGCGGGCUGCCUGCAGCGAGGAGCCACCGCCUCUGCCGCUGCCGGCCCUCCCCCCGGACGCCCAGCCAGAACCAGGGACCGCAGCCCUGGGUGCAGGGAGCCCGCAGUGCGGGGACGGUGAGGAGGACCGCACGCUUGACAGCGACGAGGAAGUGGAGCGGAGGAUGCACAGGGAGUUCCUGCGCAGGGCCACCUCGUUCCGUGCUCCGGAACGGCUGGACACGGGCUACGGCGACCUGGAGGAGCUGACCGCUGUCUCGCUGGUGCAGGAACUGGUUGAGGCCGAGCAGCAAGAAGAUUAACAAUAAAGAUGAACUUUAUUUGUCACAUGUACAUCGAAACAUACAGUGAAGUACGAUGUUUCUGGCACCGACUAACACAGUCUGAGGAUGCAAAUACCACUAUGAUUCCGGCACCAAUGUCGCACGCCCGCCGCUGACACACUUUAAAACGUACGUCUGUGGGAGGAAACCCACUUGGUCACGGGGAGAACAAACUCCUUACAGUCAGUAUCGGGAACUCAACCCAGACCAAAGCGUUUUGCAAACCGCUACACGAUACCCCUUCCCUCAAGAACUCCACCCACCAACCUUCCCGAGAGCCCUUUUAUUGUGGAAACUAAUGUCUCGAUCGGGAGGAGAUUGAGCUCGUCCACGCUGAUGUCUGAGAUACAGGGUUUAGCGUACUCGCAAGACGUUUUUAAGCACGGGAUUUUUAAAGCCCAGUUAUCAAAUAAACCACCUGUGUUCCAAUGUGUGGCAGUGGCUCCUUUGAAAAAUACACAACUGUCUGAGCCAAUAGUACCCAGCGACUGGCACAGCCCAACCUCAGAAGGCCAGGAAAUUGGACCCCAGCCUGGAUGUAAUCCGGGUGCUAUAAGUGAUCUUGCUGGGAAGGAUGAGAAGGACGUGACAGGGGAAUUGAGUCCCGGGGCCAACACCGCACAAACCGACCCUUCAGCCCAUACCUCCCAGGAGCCAAUCUAAGCUCGUCCUAUUGGCCUGCAUCGCUUCACUCCUUAAGUGUUUUUUAGAUGUUGUAAGAUUAUGAAAGCUUAGCUUUAUUUGUCACGUAAAAUACUGUGCAAAGGUCUUAAACACAUAUAGCUAGUGUGCCUAAGACAUUUGCACAGUAUUGUAAUUUUAUAUAUUGCUCUGUACUGCUGCCACGAAAAAAAAAAUCAAAUUUCACGA